UCUUUUAGUCUUUCUCAUUCAAGAACAAGAUUGUCAGUCAAAAACACCGCUGUUAAAAAUAAAAGUUCAAAAAUUACAGAGAUUGAUGUUUUUCUACAGCCAUAAAUAUUGCAUCGCGUUAGUAUUGUGAAACAAUUCUGAAGAGAUGAUUGAGCAAGUUUGUAAAUCGCGCACGUGCAAAUUAUGUCACAAGACGGGCGUACAUGGAUGCGCGGAGAUGCACAAGGACAUGCCCUUUGUGGAUGGCCUAUUUGCCUAUUUGCUUUGAGUUGGUGUGGGAACGUAUUUUCCAAUCAUUGCUCAAUUACUUUGAAACAACGAAGAAGAUUAUAAUGUAAUAUUAUUAUUUAUUAGAUCUUGAUAGUCUGUGGUUCAGAUUAACCUCAAAUUUGGAAGUUGUAACCUAUGGAUAAAAUAAUUUCUUUUUCACGUUUGUCUUAAAUUUAAAUAUUAUUUACUCGACUAUGGAUAAAAUGACCACUAUUUUAUAUAUUUCCAGCAUUAUCUACCCUAAAUACAAGCCCCACUGGUUUGUUUUUUACAUGUACUUGAAAUACCAUGGGGUACUCAAAAGACAAAUUAAGUACAAAGCUACAGCGGUAUCAGAUGAAAUAAUUUUUCAUAAGACGAAAUCGAAUUCUAAAUAUUGUGCUGACAUUCAUAAUGUAGUUUUGGUAAAAGAUCAAAAUAUAUACCCGAACGAUUUAAUUCUUUCGUUAUUUUCUACACAGUCGGGAAAAUGUCGUAAAGUAUUUGUCAUCCCAUGUGAGUUGUCCUGCAAUACCUUAUUGUUUUCGAAUGCCCUACUGUACAAUUUUGGUACUACAAGUGAUAAUUUUAUACAGCUCUUACCCACCACCCAUACAAAAUUUGCUCAGGAGGUAGAGCUCUCAUUAAUAAGCAGCCCCCAUGAUAUAAGUAACUUUGCUUUGGAUUCUUUAAUAAAGAAUUAUUUUCAAUUCCCCAAAAUAAUAUAUGCUGGCGAUAUCAUUCAAAUUAAUGUUGAACAUUUUUCCAAGGAGGAUUUUUACUCCGACUUAAAACUAAAUUUGGUCCAGAGAGUCUAUUUAAAAUGCAAUAGAGUAACUGAUGAUGAGGCUCCCACCAUGGAGGGGCGUCUUUGUGCGAUCGGCGAGACUACUAUUAGGCAGGCUGCGAAUAUUCAAAGCUAUGUUCCAAAGGUGUUAAAAGUUGCUUCAGGGCAAAUGGAUUGUGAUAUAAAUUCUUGCCCAAAUGGCUUGAAACAUUAUUUUCAAACACUUGAAAAGGCUGUGAAACCAUUCUUACGAAAUUUUUUAGCAAGACCAAAUUUGACUCCCGCUUUCUUGAUUCAAGGCGAAGAAGGUUGCGGAAGCGAUAUUUUGCUUAAAUCUUUGGCGUUAAAGUUGGGUGUUCAUUUAUACAGACUAGCUAGUAUUGACUUAAGUGCAAAUGUGUACGCUCAAAAUGAAUCCAAGUUAAACUAUGCUUUUUUUACCGCGAAAAUGUCAGCCCCUUGCAUUGUAUUUAUUGAUAAAUUCCAGAACUUUGCAAAAAACAAUGAGGGUCAAUAUGACCAAAGAUUGAUCAGCAAUUUCAAAAACCAGUUGGAACAUUUGUUUGAGAACAAUGAAUUCCCGGUGAUUCUUUUCUGCAGCAGUGAAGGAAGUAAUAUCGCACCGGAUAUGAAGAGGUUGUUCCUAGAAACUUUUGAAGUAAAUGCUCCAACAGACGAAGAAAGAGAACUAAUUCUCAGGUGGUUGCUCGAUGCAAACUCCACGUCGUCCAGAAAUGUGGAUUUAAAAAAUGUUGCAAAUAAAACUCACGGUUUUUAUUUUGAAGACUUAAAAGCGCUAGUUUACCACGCCAAACGGCAAUCUAAUAGAAAAGCUUUGACUGAAGAUGAUUUUCAGAUUGCCAUCGAUUUUAUGCAAUCAAACUACAAUGAAAGCUUGGGAGCUCCAAAGGUGCCAAAAGUGCAGUGGUCCGAUGUGGGAGGGUUAGAGGAUGUGAAAAAUGAAAUUGUAAGAACCAUUAAUCUUCCUUUACUGUACCCAGAACUACUGAAGAAAUCGGGAUUGAGAAGGUCUGGAAUUCUGCUGUUUGGACCUCCUGGCACAGGCAAAACUUUAAUUGCCAAAGCAGUGGCUACAGAGUGUAGUUUAUGUUUUCUAGCAGUUAAAGGACCAGAGUUGUUAAACAUGUACGUGGGCCAGUCUGAACAAAAUGUCCGAGAAGUAUUUGAAAGAGCGCGGCAGGCGACACCUUGUGUGAUAUUCUUCGACGAGCUGGACUCUUUGGCUCCCAAUAGAGGCCUGUCCGGCGAUUCUGGUGGGGUCAUGGACCGAGUAGUAUCCCAGUUGCUCGCUGAAAUGGACGGGCUGGAUGAAUCGGGAAAAGUUUUUGUUAUCGGUGCUACCAAUAGGCCAGAUCUGAUAGAUCCCGCACUUUUGAGGCCUGGGAGGUUCGAUAAGCUGCUCUACGUCGGACCAUGCACAGAUAUCGAAUCCCAGAAAGCGGUUUUAAAUGCUUUGACUAGAAAAUUUAACUUCGAAGAAGAUAUGGAUUUAGAUAAAGUGAUAAAAAUGUGCCCUAAAAACAUUACCGGGGCCGAUUUUUACGGGCUGUGUUCGAGCGCCUGGUUUGGGGCAGCUAAAAGAUUAAUAGAACAAAAAGGUAAUGUGGCUUCGGAAGAAUUUAGCCACGAGGACGUUGUCGUAGGUUUUCAAGAUUUUGUGGUUGCGAUUGAUAACGUCAAACCGUCUAUAAGUCGAGAGGAUUUGUUGUAUUUUGAGAACCUUAAAAAAGAUCUUUGGUCGAACUAUCGAGCGUAGGGUAGGCGCGAAAAUAAAUAUA